UAAUCUGAGUGAUUGUUCCAUUCCACAUGUGUUUAAAUUUGGGCAUGGAAUGGGCCAUUUGCUUUUCUACCACUUGUUUCUUGUUUCCUCAGCCCCAGAAGUGCUGGUUAUUCCAUGGUGACUCCAGCAUUCCCACUUGCUCUGGUGCUCCAUUACUGCUUCAGAGAACUAAACUCUUGAUAAGUUAUGGAAUUGUCACGCUGUUGUAGUGGCCAAUCCUCCUGCUUUCAGCACCUGGUUAUUAAUAGGAGAUCUCAUUGUUCCUGAAAUAUUCUUGACACCUUUUCAAGCCAGCCUAUCCAUGCCAACAGCUUCAGUCUUUGUUUUCAGGGGCCUUAUUGAUCUGCAGGCAAGGAGGUGCCAUUGAUCUACAGAUCAUUGCCUGAACAAAGUGUGUUCUGCAGAUUGUCCCACGCCUGGAGGGAGUAAGGGUGGACCACACCCUUUCCAUGAAGCCACUGUUUGCUUGGAAGGAUUUAUCCAAGAGGGUUUUAUGUUUGGUCACAUUCCAGCAAAGCCCAACAAAGGCACAUUGAUACUUUCCCAACUUACAAAGACAUUUCCUGGCUUCUGUUGGGCGGCAGAGCCCGAGGGUGGUCGCAUACCCAGCCCGUGGCCUGUGUCCUGGAGAGCCGGCCCUUCCCAGCGCAGCAGUUGUGUCAAUGGGCUCAGCUGAUCAUCGACUGAACCUGGCAGAGAUCCUUUCCCAGAACUAUGGUGUGAGGGAAGAAAGGGAGGAAGAUGAUACUCAGGAGAAGCAGAAAUCUUUAGAAGAGCUGGAGAAGAGUUUCAGUGCCACUCAGAGCAGUGAAAUGCCAUUUGAGGAGCUGCUCGCACUGUAUGGCUAUGAGGCAUCUGAUCCCAUCUCGGAGCAGGACAGUGAGAGCAAUGACAUCACUCCCAACCUCCCUGAUAUGACUCUGGAUAAGGAACAAAUAGCGAAGGAUUUGCUUUCAGGGGAAGAAGAGGAGGAGACACAAUCUUCAGCUGACGAUCUGACUCCAUCCGUCACGUCCCACGAUGCAUCGGACUUAUUCCCAAACCAGCCUGGCUCAAACAACUUCCUUGCUGAUGAAGACAAAGAGCCAUGUUCAUCUCCAUGUGCUUCCUCCAUGGGUGAGGACUCAGAGGUGGAUUCCCUCCCAUCCAACGAGUGUAAGAAGGAGAUCAUGGUUGGACCUCAGUACCAGGCCACUGUUCCCAUCCUCCGCUUAAACAGGCACAGGCAAAAAGUGCUUUUUCUGUUAGCCUAUGAGAAUGAAGAUCAGCUGCUUUGGGACCCAAACAUCCUCCCUGAGAGGGAGGUGGAAGAGUUCCUGUACCGCGCUGUGAAGCGGCAGUGGGACGAGCUGUCUGCCAGCAGCCUGCCAGAGGGAGAGGUGGUCAAGGACAAUGAGCAGGCUUUGUAUGAGCUGGUGAAAUGCAACUUCAAUGCAGAAGAGGCACUGCGGAGGUUACGGUUCAACGUGAAGGUUAUCAGAGAUGAGCUUUGUGCCUGGAGCGAGGAAGAAUGUAGAAAUUUUGAACAUGGCUUUAGGGUCCAUGGAAAAAACUUUCACCUUAUCCAAGCAAACAAGGUCCGCACCCGGUCGGUGGGCGAGUGUGUGGAGUAUUACUACAUGUGGAAAAAAUCAGAGCGCUAUGACUACUUCACUCAGCAGACUCGUCUAGGAAGGAAGAAGUACGUCCUCCACCCUGGAGCCACGGAUUUCACUGACAAUGACCUGGAUGGGGUUGAAGUGGAAAACACGAGUCGUUCUCGGAGCUCUCCACCAAUUCCCUCUGCAGCUGGCUGCCUGGAUGCUCACUUUGGUCAAGAUCAGAUAGCAAUUGAGAGCACGGAGCCCCUGAGUGUGGAGAGCACAGCCUGCAGCCUGGGCAGCAUCAGCGAGUCGGGGCAGGGCUACGAGUGCAGCACCCCCUCGGAGACAAACUGCUCCUUCGACCCCUCGGAGGAGACGUCCUCAGGCGCUGUCCCUGUGCCCUGCCCACGCCACACUGUCACCCCCUCUGAGCCAGAGCUCUUUGCUUUGCCCCCCGCGGGACCAGGACUGGCAGAGAAGCAGGAGACGUUGCAGAACUCUGGUGAGACAAUAACCAUGGACUUCACUCUCCCUGCAGACGUUAAUGAGGGGCUGCCUUUAAUUGCUGGCGCUGUGGAUUUGGACAGAGACCCUGAGGCAGUCGUGGCCCCUGCUCAAGUGUCCUUAUCGGUCACAGAUUUCGGUCUCGUUGGCAUCGGAGAUGUAAAUACUUUCCUGACUGCUCAUCAGGCUUGCCCAGCACCUGUGGCUCGGUCAGAGCCUCUGUCACAGUGAGAGUCUCCAGUCACAAAUUUGUCACAGACCCAGCAAGGACUUUGACCUGACUGAGUGAAAUUCUGGAACUUCCACUGUCCUGUAGGGACAGUUUGGAGCUGUUGGUCGGAAUCCGUCUUUCCAUCCUCCUUGAUCCAAGGCUACAGUGAAACCAAACACCUUUCUGCUCCAGUGUAUCCUGACACAAUCGUGCAAAGUGGUGGCUGGCUUUCCUGAGUGGGGAGGUCCAUCACCCCCCUCCUACACUGACCAUGUGUCACCCCAGGUGAUGCCAGUCCGCUCAGAGAGUCCCUGCCUCGGGACAGGGGACUUGUCCCUUGGCCCCAGUGGGACAGUCUGAGGGCAGAGGUGCUUUCAGAAGAGGGACGUGUCACCAUCAUGGUGAGGGUGCAGGCUGGGGGUCUGAGAGCUUGGGAGGGCUGCAGGGCAUUUUCCUGCAGAGGUGGGUACAGCAAUGCCAAGGGAGGCUGACGAGUCUUGGCCCUUCUCCCACGGGCAGUGUGUUGCAGUAGGAGCCACUCACCCUGUCCUUCUCCCAGCAGCCACAGGUCAUGACAGGCAGGCAUCAUGACACAGCUGCUUGCCCCUCCAGCAGCCACGUGUUCCUGACUCUCCACCAGCUGCAGGUGGGACGUGGUCUGGCCCAGCCCAGCCCUUGGGCAGAAGUGUCAGGUUUUGGAAAGGGACUGUGUGUGGAGCAGCAUCGUGUGCACUUGAGUCCCUCUCACCUUCCUGUGCAGUGCUGGGCCAGGGAGACCUUGUGUGGGGAAUAACAGGAGUUUCUAGACUCACAGUGAUGCUGGCCCAGAGCUGUGGUGAUGCUGCUGCUGCCAGGGGAUGACCUGAUCCACAAUGCAAGAGAGUAAAAUGUGGGUGAAAACAUCCGUAACUUCCCAGUUUGUCCCAAUGAUUUGUCAGCAGAGGGAGGAGGUUGCUUAGCUCCCAGGGUGUGAAGCCUGGGAUAUGGGUCAGUCCCAGGCAGGGGAGCACAGCAUCCCUGGGCAUCCCUGCCCCUCUCUGUGUCACAAAACAGGCUGUUCUGAGAGGGAAGUGUGUCUUUUCUGCCAUGUUCAGAGAGGUGCCAGUGCUGUGCAGGGCCAUGGGAGCCUGUCCUUGGGUGUGCUGGAGUCCAAAGCUGCUUCACUUCCCAGGUGUGUUCCAGGUCUGGGAUUGGCCACUGGCUCAAUGUGUUCUCAUUCCCCUGUUUGCAUGCAGGGAAUGCUCUCCACUCACCUGCUGGGAAAGGCUCUGGUGCAGACAGUCCUUUCUUCCAGCUGUGUUCCACAGUUGGGAAGGGGCUUGGGUUGAGGGGUUUUGCUUGCUCUGGUAGAGGUCUUGGGCUGUGAUUGUGCACUUGGCUCUGCUGCCAGUGCAUUUUGGCAGGUACCUAAACCCAUGAGCCUGCAUCCUCCUUUUACCUGGCCCUGGGAAGUUGUGCCCAGCCCUGCAGCUGCAUCAAACAGCCCCAUGGGAUGUCAGAAUUAGACCUUGUCUCAUCUCCUAAACCCCAGAUCUGGUUUGUGUGCUUUAGUAGGGAUUUGCUUCGGUCCCCAGCUCUGUGCUGGGAGGUGCUGAGCCCCAGCACGUGCAGGUGCCCUCACCUGGCAUGGCUUUGUCAGCCAGAUGUGCUGGCCAGAGGCCUCCCUCCAGUUGCUCCUGGCUGCUGGGAACAGAAAGCAAACACGAAUGCCCGCUCCAUAGUGGAACUGCCCAGGCUGUGAUUCCCCUUUUCUGGGGGUGAGAGGAAACUCCUUGGCUGAAGGGAGAGGAGGAGGCAGGGUGAGAGCACAGGCAGCCCUCCCAGGGAGGGCCAGGCCUUGGCAUCUCCUCCAUCGGCUGAGAACAUUCUUAGUUUUCCUGAAACCAUUUUUUCUUUUUGGUUUAUUUCAAGCCCUAGUGAAAGGAGAGGGGAGCUGGCUGAGGCAGAAAUCUCUUAAUGUCCUUCAGUGUUGUUCACAGAUUUGCAUGGGGUCUUUCAACAUGAGUGCAGCGCUUUUUCCACUUAACUUUGAGGGAGAGGGGUGAAAAAGGCUGGGAUGGGGCGGGGGGAGUCACUGGGAGAGAAGGUUUGGUUCUGGUUUUUUUUGUUGGGGUUUUCUUUUUUCCUUCUUACAAAGCACAUUCACUUUGAGCCACUCCCAAUGCUGGACUCUUUUCUCCCUUGCCCCCCAGCCCUACACUGUGAAGUGACACUGCCUUGAAGACCCCUCGCCAUUAUUUAUUUAAUUAAAAACCUAAUUUGAA